AUGGAUUUGAAAAAAGCGUAUGAUUCAGUAGAUUGGAAUUUCAUUGAAGAUAUGUUAAGAGCUCUUAAAUUUCCUGACAAGUUUAUACAGAUGAUAAUGGAAUGUGUAAAAUCUCCCAAGUAUUCACUGGUAAUCAAUGGUAGCUGCUAUGGUUAUUUUGCUGGGAAAAAGGGGCUCAAACAAGGUGACCCUAUGUCACCUUUAUUGUUUGUCAUUGGAAUGGACUAUUUGUCCAGAACAAUGAAGAUGAUUGGAGAGAAGUCAGAGUUUAAAUUCCAUCCAAGAUGUUCUGGGGUAAAGCUCAACCACUUGUGUUUUGCUGAUGAUCUCAUACUAUGCAGCAAGGGUGAUUUUAAGUCAGUGUAUCUGAUGCUACAAGGAUUCAAGCACUUCUCAAAUGUCUCAGGCUUGGAGGUCAAUGAGAACAAGACUGAAGUAUUUACAGCUGGAAUGAAGGAAGAAGAAGUUCAGAGAAUUCUGAAUGUUUCAGGUUUCACUAGAGGCAAGCUGCCAUUUAAAUAUCUUGGGGUCCCAAUCAGCCAUAGAAGAUUGGGAGUGAAGGACUGUCUAAUGAUGGUGGAGAAGAUAAUAGCAAGAGUGAGAUGCUGGAGCAGCAGGAACAUCUCAUACCAGGGCAGAUUGGUGUUGGUAAAUGCAGUCUUUCUCAGUAUUCAAGUGUACUGGUCUCAGAUAUUUGUAUUGCCAAAGAAGGUUAUACAUGAAAUACAGAUGGUAUGUAGAGCAUACCUGUGGUCUGGGAACUAUUUCAGUAGCAGAGGGGGAUAUGUUGCUUGGGAGAAGGUGUGUAUUCCUAAAAAUGCAGGUGGAUUAGGUGUGAGGAACUUAGAAUGCUGGAACAAGGCAACUAUGGGUAGAUAUGCUUGGGCGCUGGAAAAUAAAAAAGAUAAUCUUUGGAUUAAAUGGGUGAGUGAAUUAUAUGUGAAGAAUGAUAAUUGGUGGGAUUACAAGCCUGCUCAAGGAUGUAGCUGGUACUGGAAGAAGAUAUGUGAUGUUAAAGAAGAGAUGAAAAGCAAGAUCAAUGUAGUGGUGUUACAGAAUAUGUCUGAAUAUUCUGUCAAGUCAAUAUAUAAUAUAUUGACAGGCAAUUUCACCAAGAUACACUGGGAUAAAUAUGUAUGGGAGAGAAUGAUAAGACCAAAGCAUAGGUUCUUCUUGUGGUUGAUGAAAAUGGACAGAAUACAGACUACAAAAAGACUAUAUGCUAUGGGCAUUGCAACAACAUAUCAGUGUCUGAUUUGUGGAUUACAGGAGGAAAAUCAAGAGCAUUUGUUUUUUGAAUGUAGCUACAGCAAGGCUGUUCUCAGGAGGAUUAUCACAUGGAUGGGAAUUCAUCAUAGUAAUCUGAAUGUGCAGUCGUUUAUGCACUGGAUUAGCAGGUGCAAGGAAGCCAAGUUUAAGAAGCAGGUAUAUGCUGCUGUUCUGGGAGCACUGGUCUAUCACAUAUGGAGAAUUAGAAAUGAAGUGUAUUGGUCUCAAAAAGUGUCUUCUGUGAAUAACACAGUGAAUAGAGUACAAAAAGAUGUUAUAGAAAGAUGUUAUAGUGUUCUCCCUAAAAAAAAGAAAUCUGAGAAAGUUGUGAGAGUUAAGGAACCAGGUGAUGAUUAUGACGAUGAAGGUUUGGAGGACCUCAUUGACAGGGUUUGUGCACAAGGAGUUGGUUCAUCUUCUGACAAUGCUAAAAAAGAAGAGGAUGAGAAGGAAGCUGGUGUUGUUUCAUCUUCUACACCUGGAUUGCAUGUUGUUCCUGUCAACAAUCAUGGCAUAAUAUUGUGUCGAAGUUUGCAACAAUAUAAUAAGUAUUUGAGUGAUCUGUCUCCUGAGCAAAGGUUGCUGAUUCUGAAGAAGUGA